GAGGGAACACCAGCCUUUGAUGCGCCAUUCUUGUCUCGUAUACUAUUACGGAAGAUGAGAAGAGGAAUCAACAUAACGGGUAAAAUGUGGACGAAAUCUGCACUUUUACUUCUUAUGCUAUGUGCCACAUUCCUGAAAACCGACUGUGCCAACCUAUGUGACUUCUGUGAUGUUUUUAAGCAGUGCGUAAGGUUCCCUGCCUGCAAACACUACUGGGACAUAUGCAAAUGUGAAGCUAUUCCCCCAGACAUCCAAUGUGGCGUUGCUGAAUCUCCCCCGAUACCUCGGAUAUCCACCUACAUCGUUGGUGGAAAGGACGUCGGCGAUUGCGAGUUGCCAUGGACCGUUGCAUUGUUCAUCAAGGGUUCCCUGCGUUGUGGCGGCGCCAUCUUCGACGACCGGCACAUCAUCAGUGCAGCUCAUUGCCUCAUGGGAUUAACGAAUCCGAAAGAUGUGGUUGUGGGGCUUGGAUCCAAAGACAGACGUCGAACACGGAAUGCUACAGUGUCAGCCUUCAGUAGGCACCCACAGCACCAUUCAGAUGUCAAUGAUAUUGCUAUUCUAAGACUGGAAGAACCCAUCAAGUUUGAUAAAUGUAUACGGCCUAUUUGCCUUCCACCACAAGACCAUCAGUACAAAGCGAAUCAGACGUGCAUUGUUGCUGGAUGGGGACUUACAUCAGAGACGAGGCUGUUCCAGCCGUUCAAGCUGCAGAAGGUUAAGGUGCCGCUGGUGGAUCUGGAGACGUGCCAGACAGCAUACAACGUGUUGGACACACAACUCUGCGCAGGAUACUUUGUCAAAGGAGGAAAAGAUUCCUGUAAUACUGAUUCCGGAGGUCCUCUGAUUUGCGACUAUAAUGACCGAUGGACUCUGAUUGGAGUUGUGUCAAGUGGUGUUGGAUGUGCUAGGCCCAUGCUUCCUGGAAAAUAUACAAGGGUGUCAAAAUAUAUCUCUUGGAUUAACUAUGUAACAUCAGUGAGGAAACCAUAUCACUACUGAAGAAACGGACAGUGCUUGAAUAAUAGAAUAAACAUUUGCAAUACCA